UAUGUUUUCUUCUAGGGUUUUAUAGUUUCAGGUCUCACAUUUAGGUCUUUGGUACAUUUUGAAAGAGAUACGACCUAGUAACUUUAGUACUUCCUGUUAACUCCAGAGGGUAGAAGUAAGAACAAUGACUAGAAGUUACAACGAGGCUGAUUUUGGUUGCCCGUAUUUAAGGAGCAUCUCUAAUAAAUUGCAGUUAUCCUUUUCAGGAAUUAAGCAACUUCCCCAGAGUCACAUUCCUAAUUGGUGGCAGAGCUAAGAUAAAAGCCCAACUUUCUGGAUUCAUGGACAAGAACCCUUGGCUCUGCCAUGAUGUUACUCAGGCGAUUUCGACUCUGGGAGGAAGUGAGGUGGCUAGAGGUGCAGGUGGCUAAUCUAACAUGUCCACAGCGCUGGGUGCAGAACCUCCGACUUCUUCAGGAGUCCAUCUGGCCUGGUGGUAUUUUACCGAAGUGUCCACGGCCUGUGAGGACCCAGGAGCAGAAAGUGGCUGCUGAAAAACAGGCCUUGCAGAGCCUCAUGGGAAUCUUGCCAGAUAUUGUGGUAGAAAUCCUUGGGGUGAACAGAUGCCGGCUGAGCUGGAGUCUCGUCUUGGAGUCGCUACAGCAACCCCUCAUCAACAGGCACUUGAUUUACUGCCUUUGGGACAUCAUCCUGGAAUUCUUGGAUCUCAGUGCCUCCGUUGAGGAGUCUACCGUAACCACCUCUGCCUCAGAUACCCCAGGCAACCCCAAGAGAAUGGGCGUCUCCCCUUAGCCAUAGGUCAUUCACCCAUUCUUUGAAGGCUGGGAAAGGAGAGUUGCUCUGCCACCCCGCGACCAGUCAGGAACCUGUGCCCUCUGCAGCUGAACUGUAGCUCAGAAGACCUCGGGUCCCAGGGGCACAGUUCUCCCCCAGCUCUACUCCACAGAGCAGGCGACCUAGCAGAUGAUGGGGGAAAUAUGUACCAAUCAUAUGCAUAUCCAUUUCCAUACUUUUUCUGUGGUGUUUGGAUUGUUGCUGGUGGGUAGAUCCUGGAAAAGGAAUCUGUAAGGUAGAAGAAUGAGCCCCUUUUGCCUCUCCUUUGCCCUCCUCCCUAAGAUUGUUUGCCAGGAGCCUGGUCCUGUGCAUACAUGUUCCUAAUCCUCCAACACACAAGCUGUAGAUAGACCAAGUGAAAACUGAUAGCCAGAUUUCUUAGAGGAGCAGACAAUUUUCUAGAGCUCUCUGUUCCCACCAGGAAACUGCAGAUUCAUUCAGGACCACUCUUGAAAGCCAGACCCCCCACGUUCUGUCUAGUUUCCCAACAAUUCCAGAAGAAGGAAGGAAAACAUUUCUCAAGGGACUUUUUGCUGAUUGACUAUUUUCCAACACAUCAGCCCUAUGGAGGAUGUCACUGAAGGCUGCUUCCCUGGGUGGCUACACUUUUUCUGUGCAGAAGACUUCAAAGCAGAUUGCCAAAGCUUCUUGGUAGAUCCACCCCACUCUCCACACCCUUUCCUGAAAGAGAGUUGCAUCACAGAUUUUAUUUAUUCGCUUUCCUCCUAACCCUUCUCCAAGAGCAGUUGAGUUUUGGUCUUUAUGACCUUCCCUCUAUCUCCCUUCAGCAGAAUCGCCUGGCGGAUUGCUUAUUCAGCCCAGUGCUUCCAAAGGGAAUGGAGACGCUUGCUCUGUGGCUGGGAAUGCCCAAAGAGUAGGAAACCCAGGGGGCUGUGGGGCUUCUCUCUUCACAAGUCUCCAGCAGGGGACUUUUAAACUGAACCGAUAAUAUUAGCAAACCUGCAGGGAAUUGAUUACCCACAAAAAGCUUUUUACUUCCUGUUCUUUAAGGAUCUAAUGAGUCUUUAAGAACACUUGAAGAUGAAGGCGAAGGUGCUAUAUCAGGCUGUAGUGUCUUAGAAGAAUAGAACAAUUAGGAGAACUUGUUGGUAGGAAAGGAGGCAGACAGUGGUGACAAGGGAAGUGCUAUACAUUAAAUGCAUGUGAGUAGCUGACAGAAAAGGUUUAAGGAGGUCAUGGGAGACCCUUGCCUUGUGCCCCUCAUCCCGUUAGCUUUGCACCUGCCUAUUAGUGCCCUUCUGUCACUGAAUCAUGGAUCCUCCCAUUUGGAGGGGGAUCUUGGACUUAGACUGGACUUAGACUGAUGAGAAUGGGAUGGGUCUAGAAUGGGCAUCAGGUUCUCAGACUCUGACAUAGAUGAUGUGCACACAAAGUGGUUUAUGGGAGAAAAUUGUGCAGUCUUACACUUUUUUUACUCCUCUGGAGGCUUUUACCCAUAAAAUGUGUUAUGCUAUGAUUGGAAGGCUUUAGGUAGGCGAUUACUGCCUAAGGACAAGAUGAAUGAGAUCAUGUCUCAUGGUACCUUCUAGCCUUAAAAUAUGAUUUUUACAGCGACUUUAUGGCUUCAGAGCUUCUCCCACCCCGGACAUUCACAGGCAGAAGGAGCGCAGCAUUUCUAGCUUUAGUAAGUAUUUGCAGGAGUGUGGGACUGCAGGGAGUCCAGCCUCACUGAAGCCGAUCCUUCACCUUUUUCAGCUCGGGCCAGGAUGCUCUUCGGGAUAGAUGCAGUAGCCAGCUCAUUUCCACUACCCUUCUCUUCUGAUACUUUACCCUCAUAUGUACUUAGCCACCUACAUUGCUUUGAAUCUCUGCUAUUAGGGCUCAGAUGUCACACAGAGCCAGUACGUAAACUGACGCACCAUAAAAUCCCCGUGGCUAUAAAUUCUGAGCAAUUUUUGACACUUCCAACCCAAAGAAAACUUCCUUAUAUUUCAUGUUGUGUAAGAGAUGCCACCUCUGUGGUCUGUGCCCCAAAACAUAAUCUGUCCUCGGGCCCUCCUUCUGUCUAGAAGGGAAAUCAUGGAUAUCGCCAAGGAAAUAGUCAAGUUUGGGUAGCAGGCACAGACAACAAGGGAGAUCAGCACUUGGGAGAGAGCCACAGGUAUUAAGAAAAGAUGCUCCCAGCUGAGAAGUGAUAAAAGGCAAUGAAGAAUCAGGCCUGCACUAACCCAGAACAUUCGUGAUUUUUCUUUGGCCCUACCCAGCACAUUCAUUUCCAGUUGCUACUCUUUUCUUUGUUUAUAGCACCCAACAACAGUUGUUAGGUCCUAGGUGGAGUAAAAAUAUGUGUAUAUGGUUAUAUGAGUCAGGAUGCUUUGGACUGAAGGAAAACUCGAAGGGAAUUUUGUUUUCUUUCAAAAAUGAGUACCUGAGUAGGUAAGCCCCAGGGGCGGAUGGAUUCAGCAACUCUGACCUCAUAAAGGGCCCAGAUUCUUCCCAUCUUUCCCCUCUGCUGUUGUAAACAUGCUUGUGUAAACAUGCUUGUCCGGUUCUCAGACUGCCUACCUGGUUGCUGCAGUUCGGAGCAUCACAUUCAUAUGUAACAGUAUGAAAGAACAGAGUCAUCUCUUCCAUGUUUUCUUUUAAAGAAUGAGGAAACCUUUUUCCAGAAACCCUUCAAGAAUGCUCUUCUCAUGACUCAUUGGCCAGAACUGUGCAUCCCUAAGCCAAUCUAUUGAAAAUGGCAUUACCUGGUUGGCUUGCACUAGUAUUUACCCCCUUCCCCCACAGAGAGGAGGUCACGCUCCAGGAAAGUUAGAUACCUAAAAAAAUUAGAUGUUAGCAAGGAAGAAGCAGAGGAUGGGUGUUAAUAGACAAUGUCUGUUACAUCAUCUGUACAACAUCAACAGAUCCCCCAUGGUACUCUAAAAAUACCUGGAAUCGGCUAAGAACAUUUGCUGAAGGCACCACAUGAAGCACUUCACCUGGAGUAACUCAUUUAACCCAUACACAGCCCUGUAAGGUAGGUUCUAUUAUCUAUCCCCAUUUCAUAGAUGAGGAACACAAGGCACAGAGAGAUUGUGAGUUGCCCACAGUCACUUGCAAAGAAAUGGCAGAGCCUGGAUACAAAUCUUGCCAGUCUACCCUCAAGCCUACAUGCAUAAUAACCAUUAUACUAGUCUGUGUUUCUUCUCAGAAUAAGAUCAGGUUCUCAUUUUUAAGGAGCUCACGAUCUAGUGCAGAAGUUCGCAGACUUUUUUGGUAAAGGGGCAGAGAAUAAAUAGUCCAGGCUUGGCCAUAUGGUGGUCUCUGUUGCAACUCAGCUCUUCCAUUGUAGCAUGAAAGCAGUCAUAGACAAUACAUAGAGCAAUGACUGUGGCUGUGUUCCAACAAAAUUGUGUUUGCAGAAACAGGCAGCUGACCAGAUUUAGCCCAUGAGUUGUUUGCAGGCCUCUUUCUAAGGAGUUAGAACAGUGCUUUUCAAACUUUAGUGUACAUGUGAUUUACCUGGGACCGUGGUAAAGCAUAUGCUGCAUUUCUAACAAGCUCCCAGAUGUAUGCCAAUGAGAAUACAGAUCUUCAACCACACCUUGAGUAUCAAGGGGUUAAAACAUAGACAACUCUCAAGUGUGAUUAAUACACUAUUAAAUAUAUAGGAAGGGCACUUCAUUGAGAGUAGAGGGCCAUGGAAAGCCUGAGGUGAUAAUAUGUGAAUUGACUCCUGGAAGAUUCAUGAGAAUUAACCAGUAAAAACAUGGGGAGGGUGUCCAGAGAAACAGUGAACAAUGUGUGCAAAGACAGAGUCGCCACAGAAAGACAAAUACUGUAUGAUUCCACAUAUCUGAAGUACCUAGCAUGGUCAACCUCACAGAAACAGUAGAAAUAUGGUUGUUGGGAAUUAGGGGAAUGGGGAGCAUGUAAUGGGUACCGAGUUUCAAUUUUGCCAAGUGAAAACAGAUUCCUGUUUUAUCAACCGUGUAAGUAGACGUGACACUCCAGAGCUGUACACUGAAAAUAGUGAAGAUGGCGAAUUGUAGAUUCUGUUUAUUGUACUACAAUCAAGACAUGUAAAAUGAAUAAAAGCUGUGGAGAACUACAAG